GCUGCCAACACGACUACGAAUUCUUUCCUGCGGAUGGAUCUCCUCCGGCAUAUGACUCUUCGCCUGAGGACACCAACCCUCCCGCGUAAUCCUACGGAACUUUUAUCGGCAUGUCAGAUGAGAUAGACGCAUGGAUCGCUGGUAGAAUUCCCUACUGCUACCUUAACUUCUGCGAGCAGGUCUAUCAUCUCACGAAUACGGCGAGACGACAUCGAAGAAAGCUCACGCAAGUACCAUCGGUAAUAGAGGCGGCCAAGAAUGCGUCCAGCUACCAUCAGCGACUACGGACGGUAGGGCUUGCCUCACAGCCUGCCUCCAUCGUCCAUGACGUUGUAGCACCACCGUACCAUCUUACUCAAAUGGCAAUAGCUCUAUUUCGGAGCAAAUUUGAACGAAUGAGGGCGGACGCGGGAAUUUUGGAUGAGGUUCUGGAAAGUCUUCGGCUCAGUCUAGGAGCAGCUUUCAGAAUGAUUACGAGACUCGGUCUUGAAACUCGUGAAGCUGUGAAGCGACAGAUCCAGAAUGGGGAAAGCCAUAUAUUCUUGGCGAUAGCGAGGCUCCUGGAAGCUUACGGGUCACGCUUUGCGCCUUCUGGUACGGUUUUCCUCGCCUCGCACAAAAGGUCGCCAAAGGAGCAUUGCUUCGGUACUGCACGGCUCCAUUUUGAACAAAUUCAUGACCUGAAGGAAGUUCUAAUGUUUGUCUGUUUGUUUCCGGCACAAGACCUGGAUGCUUUCGCAGUGCUAGAACGGUGCCUGCGCAGAGCCUUCCCAGCCCUCAAAGAACCAUUUGCGGAUUCGGAUGAGGAACCUGGCUUUUCCCAUAUCGUACAGAGAUUACGCCAUGUUCAGGAUGAGAUGCCAGGAUUGAUAUCUUUCAACAUCAGAAAAUAAGGCAGUUGUGCCGUACAAGGUUAGAGAGUUUGACGGCUAGACAAGCCCGGUAUCCGUGUUUGUUGUCGUUUUAUGUGGCGGGUUCUACGGCUUGCCGGAGCUGCAGGGCAGACGGAGACCAUGUUUGCGAAUGCCUCACAGGAUGGGAUAGAGCGGAAAAUUCAUCAUGUAACAGAGUUGAGUAAUAAACAACUGACUGAUUUGGGUCUAGCUUUUGGAGAUGAGACUUGCUACAUCGACUUCCCUUCAUCUUAAGCGCCGCCUCUUCUUCUGUGUUCUCGUUUGGACGCCGAAGGCCCGUUUAUUUUCC